AGUAAUGAUCCGUAUGGAAUGUUGGCAUGUAAGAUCUUAGUCAUGAUACAUGUACCUGUACAAAGAAUUGGUUUAGAAUAGUACAUGUGUUUGUUCAAACGUAAAUUGAGGAUGAGAAUGGAGGUUUUUGCAGUGUUCUCUGGAAUUUUAACACUUCUCUUGCAGGUUCAUGCUGUCUAUGGAGGAUCCUUUGGGGCUAUGCUGUUUGGACGAUUGCAUUCAUCCGGAAAUAGACAACCGAUCAGCACAUUCGGUGAUGAUAUUGGUAGACGCGGUGGUUGUAACCCCAGCAUAUAUGGGCACGAGAAGUAUUCUUCUGUGACGUAUCAGGGUGAAGUCUACAGAUGUGCAUAUUAUGAAUGCAAGGCUGAGAUUGUUGCCUCUUUGAUCCAGUGGAAAUAUCGUCUAAAAUUUUGCCCGGAUGGUCAAGGUGUGACAUCAGAAUUAAUAUCAAAAGGAACUAUUGGAGGAAGACCUCCUCCAUGUGAAAGGAAUAAUGCUUGCAAAAAGACACUAGCAGAAAAGGGAAUUAGGAACGCUUCUUCCCCAAUCUGUAGGGUGGACUUGGUGUUACUCCUUGAUACAUGUACACUAGGCUCAAGUGAGAAAAGGAAAGUUCAAACAUUUGUUCUUAAUCUCAUCAGUGCAUUUUCAAUUGGCCCCAGUGCGUCAAAACUAGCUAUUGUGUCUUAUGAGUACGAUCUGGACGAACUGUUGAGCUUCGGUUCAGCGGAAGACGAGCGCACAGCAAAGAUUUUAUUUGACAACAGCUUCAACAUAGAAGAUACAUCCCUGAAAUGUGGAAAUGAGUCGUGGGAAGUCCUGAAAUAUGCAUACGAGAACUUGUUCUUUGGUGAAGACAUUUACAACAGACAAGAUAUAGAGGAUACCAUUGUUUUGAUCUCGGAUGAGACCUCAAUAGGUAAUGAUGAGGCUACCUUUUGGGCAGAUAAACUUAAGUCAAAUGGAGUUAACAUACUAGCAGUUCACUUGACCAAUACAACAAGACAGGGAGAGAAAGUACUUCGAGAAUAUGCUUCGGACAGCCUGAAUGGUUACUGGAGUGUACCAGAUAUAGGAUCGUUUGGUUCUAUACUGUUUGGACGAAAUUUUUCAUCCAGUAGACCAGUUAGCACAUUCGGAGAUUAUCCUGAUCAUGUUAAACGCAAAGGUUGUAACCCAAGCAUUUUUGGACACGGCAAGUAUUCUUCUGUGACGUAUCAGGGUGAAGUCUACAAAUGUGCAUAUUAUGAAUGCAAGGCAGAGAUUGUUGCCAAUUUGAGGCGUUGGAAAUAUCGUCUAAAAUUUUGCCCCGAUGGCCAAGGUGUGACAUCAAAAUUAAUAUCAAGAGGAACUAUUGGAGGAAGAACACCUCCUUGUCAAGGAAAUAAUGCUUGUCAACAGACACUAGCAGAAAAAGGACUACGGAGCGCUUCUUCCCCAAUCUGUAGGAUGGACUUAGUAGUACUUCUUGAUACAUGUACACUUGGCUCCAUUGACAAGAAGAGAGUUCAAACAUUCGUUCUUAAUCUCAUCAGUGCAUUUUCAAUUGGCCCCAGUGCGACAAAACUAGCGAUUUUGUCCUAUGAGGACGAUCUAGACGAACUGUUAAGCUUCGGUUCAGCGGAGGACGAGCGCACAGCAAAGAUUUUGUUUGACAACAACUUUAACACAGAAAAUACAUCCUUAAAAUGUGGAACUGGGUUGUGGAAAGUCUUCAAGUAUGCAUACGAGAAUUUGCUAUUUGCUAAAGACAACAACAAUAGAGAAGAUAACGAGGAUACCGUUAUUCUGAUUUCUGAUGGGACGUCAAUAGGUAAUGAUGAGGCUAAAUCUUGGGCAGAUAAACUUAAGGCAGAUGGUGUCAACAUACUAGUGGUUCACUUGGCCAAUACUACUAGAAAUGCUGAGAAAUUACUCAGGGAAUAUGCUUCAGACAGCAUGAAUGGCUACUGGAGUGUACCAUAUACAGAUCAAAUUGGAGAAAUUGAGGAUGAAACUGUUGCAAGAAUAUGCAGUAAAAGAUAA